AUGAGAGGCGAAUUCAAUCAAAGUCACACUCAAUGGGAGAUUGGUGAAGGCAAUGGGACUCUUUACACUUGGAGCAAGCCAGUGCCGGUCAAAAUAGCCGUGCUCAGCUUCGUCUUCGUCCUGGCAACUUUAGGCAACAGCAUCUUCCUCUGCAUGUUGUGGCAAAAGCGCAGAAAGAACACUCGCACCCGCCUCUUCCUCUUUAACUUGUGCGCCGCCGAUCUGGUGGUUGCCUUUUUCCAGGUGUUGCCCCAGCUCGUGUGGGAGGUGACCGACACGUUCAUGGCCCCCAAUGCGGUUUGCAAAGCUGUCAAGUACCUGCAGAUCGUCGGGAUGUUUGCUUCUACCUACCUGCUGGUGGUGAUGACCCUCGAUCGGCACCAGGCCAUUUGCAAGCCCAUGACCGCCAUCACUAAGACGUCCUUGCAAAGGUACUUGGCCGUCGGCAUGGCCUGGGGCUUCUCGUUGGUAUUCAGCCUCCCUCAGAUCUUCAUCUUCUCCAGGCAAGAAGUGCAGCCGCAGGUAUUCGAGUGCUGGGCGACUUUCAUCAAACCGUGGGGCAGAAAAUCCUACAUCACUUGGACAACCUUGGUCAUCUUUGUGAUCCCAGCAGCCAUUCUAGUCGCAUGCCAGGUCAAAAUAUGCCGAACCAUUUACUUAACUGGAAAAAAGAACAGGCAAGAAAGGAUUGCAUUGACAAAAGCGGACAUGACAGGGGCACGAGUAGGCACUGCCAGCAGAAUACCCAACACCUUAUUGAAAACACUGAAGAUGACCUUUUUGGUGGUGUUGGUGUAUAUUCUAUGUUGGGCACCAUUCUUCAUUGUGCAGCUCUGGUCCGUUUGGGAUCCAACUGGAGGUCCUACCAAAGGGUCACCAUUCUCCAUAAUAAUGCUCCUUGCAAGCCUCAACAGUUGCACAAACCCAUGGAUCUACAUGGCCUUCUAUCACUAG